CCCGAGGUUAAUGACUAACUUCCUCAGGUUUGAUGGAAUGUUUGCUGUAGCGUCUCAAAACAGUGAAGCCGUGAAGCCGUCACCCUUUGUUCACUUGUUUUGACCCAAUUACCAGGAUCUUAAAAUCUGAAGCUCCUUCAGUUCUGCAGGUCUCUGAACAUUUGAGCCUAUUAAACAGUGUUUUGAUACAAUAGUGAUGUAAUUUUAGAUUGCAAGAGGUUUGGCAUUGUUGCUUCAUCGUCAUGAAACAGCACUUGCCACCGUGCAGGUAAAUUCCUACAACCUGGUUCUUCCUCAUCAAGUUUGUGGGAAGAAAUAAACUCAUCCAAGGUGUUGUUCUUCACAGCUCCUGUUGGGAAACUGGGAAUCCGAUUCCAGCCGGCACCCUACCUCUAACUUCAUCCCUCCAACAUGAGCGAUAACAGAGAGAGACAGCGGCGCGAGGGGAGCCGGAGCCAGAGCCAGGGCCCCCAACAGGCCCCCAACGUCAAGCCCAAAAUGGGCCAGACGGAGAGGAACAGCAAGGAGGACCAGUGGAAGAGGGAGAAGACACCAAAAGCCCGUCGAUCUAGGAGUAUCGACUCAGAGAGAGGGGAAAGAGGAAGGAGGAGAGAAAGAGACAGGCACCACGGACAGGGGAGACAGCGUGGAAGGAGUGAGGAGGCCCGGAGACGAGACAGAAAAGAAGGGGAGAGCGGCCGCAGGAAGGUGAAGCCCCCCGAAGAUGACGUGGAGGAGACCGAGUGCGCCAUUUGCUUCUGCUCCUACGACAACAUCUUCAAGACCCCAAAGCUGCUGGUGUGCGGGCACACCUUCUGUCUGGAGUGCCUCGCUCGCAUCAACGUGACCUCCCCUGAGCUCAAGACUCUGUCGUGCCCCGUGUGUCGUGAGCUGACCGACAUCCCACAUGGCCAGGACCUGCCGCGCCUGGGCAACAACCAGGACAUCAUCGGCAAACUCCCACCGGACAUGCAGAGGGCACUGUCCAUCCGCUUCAAGCGCAGCAAGGGCAAACUGCUCCUGAAGAACCCUCCUCCCACCAGCCCCACCACGGCUCACGCCCUCACGCUGCCGAUGAAGAGGCAGGAGGAGCAGGCGACAGCGGGCGGUGACCUCCCACUCAAUGCCAUGGAGCAGAGAAUGGUGCAAGCCACUGUGGUGGAUGUAGGCCGGCCUCCAAGCAGGGUGAGAGGUCGCCUGCGCAGGUUGUUCCGCUCGGACCGGUGCUACUACGCCGUGGUGGUGUCCAUCAUCACCAUCACCGCGGCGCUCAUGCUGGUGGGGAUCCUGGCCUUUGUGAUUGUACCGAACAUGAUGAUUCACCGGUUUCCUCCAAGCAACCAGACGUCAAACAUUACACCGGGAAGUCGAUUCACUUCACCCUGAGGGGACAGGGACAAAUGUGUUGCAGAGAUAAGACUCAAGUGGAGGAAGUGAAUGUCACACAAACGCGUUGGAUUCUCUGAGAUACCUCUGCCUCCACUUUUUUUACGCUUGGUGAAGAAGAGAUGGGAAAUCUAAGCACACGAGGAGACGAAAUGAAGGAAAACAAGGGAGGCAAUGUUUUAUUAAACACGUUUAAGUUGCACAUGAAGGAAACUCACAUAUUUUUGUACCUUUGUGUUCAUUUGUGAACAUGUUGGUGAUUUACUGCGAAGCACCCCGUGUGUAAGGAAACUGCUCAUAAUGAUGAAUAAGCUGUAAAUGUUGAAAUGCACUAAACUCUUAUCAUGAAGUUUUGAGUAUCUUUUUAUUGGAUCAGUUUGAGCGCAGUAACCAGUUGUUUCUUUCUUGUUGUACAUAAGCACAUAGAUGAUUUGUAUAGUUAAUAUAUUUUCUCGUAUGCUGACAGUCGCAGAGAGCUGUUUGCUCUUGAGACACUGAAAACUCAGUAUUUCCAAAGCACAAGAUGACGAUUAUAUCUCUAAAAGAAUCUGGGUUUAUUCAGAAUGUAAUUUGUAAAUUAAACGUUGGUCAGCUUGCUUCUAA